AUGGGUUCUCAGGACAAGGAUUUGGAUAGUCUGAAAGAGUAUCUCACUUACGAAAAACUCGAGGCACUGAGGGCCUUUUGGUUUGAGCAUUUGCCGCAGGAUGCUGAUCGCAUCAUUGCUGGACCGGAGUACCAGAAGAGGUGGUUCUUUUCAGAUAAACAGUUUGACGAUAUUUGCGUCUCUCAGUUCAGUCCUAUAUUGGAGGCCAUCCGCAGCUCAGGCGUAACAUCAGCUCAAGAGCUUCUCACCAUCGCUCGGCCUCGCAACUCACUAGAUUGGCUAAGUCUGAUCAUUCUCCUCGAUCAAAUCCCGCGUAACUCCUACCGCGGCGAGAAGUCUUCCAUUUGCUUCACUUACUUUGACCAUCUCGCCGUUCAAAUCUCUUUCGCAGCUAUCUCCCAAGGCAUUCCCGACACAUCUCCCGAAAUCCGCUGGGUAUUCUCCCACCGGAACUGGUUCUACAUGCCCUUGAUGCACUCUGAAGAUCUAGACACGCACGAUCAAGCUGUGGCAGCGUUUCAGCGCAUGAAUGGGGAUAUCCUCAGCUUGAUGGAGGGAAUGGGUGGCGCGGAUGAGUAUGAGGUGAGAGCGAGAGAGGUUGUGCAGGCUGAUCCAGAAAAGGCGAAGGGUGUUGGGGAGAUGGGUUUACAGUUUGAGGAGAAGCAUCGAGUUAUUAUUGAGAAGUUUGGAAGGUAUCCUCAUAGGAAUAAGGCGUUGGGAAGGGAGAUGAGGGCUGAGGAGAGAGAGUUUCUUGAGAAUGGAGGUGAUACAUUUGGGAGCUGA